GGCUCCAGCACCGCGCUCACCUUAUCCUCUCUGAAAUCUCAUGCGUGUUGAUGCAAACCUUACAACGCUUUUCAUACGUUUUCAUCAUUGGAUGUUGGAUUGGUGAGGCAGCGACGGGGACGCAAAGUGAGAUUUGUCAAGAAGGAGAAUUGGCGAAGUCCUCCGAGCUUCUGCAACGGGUGCCUCCAAUUCUGCAGUCAGCACUGUUGGAGUUCAAACAGCCUCCGAAAGAGCUGAGACCACAAGAAGGUGGACCACCAGACUUUAUCGAGGUGGCAGUGGCUCUGAAGGGCUUUUACGGAGCCGAUUUGCACAAUGAACAGUGGGAGGCUGACAUCAUCAUUAUGCUCUCGUGGUAUGAUCCCCGUGUGGCUGGCCUUGUUCCAAAGGAUGAAACAGUACGCACCCUCUCCGAAGAACAAGCAGGUGACAUGAUGUGGACACCUGACAUCGUCGUGACAAACACAGAGCUUCAUGGAGAUCGUGUUGUUGCAACCAGCUUCCAGGUCUCAAUUGAUGGCGUGGUAAACAAGACGCAACGCAUGCUGGUGAAGAUCAAGGAAGACUUUAAUGGCAAGGAGUUCCCUUACGAUAGCCAGGCGCUGCACGUUCUUCUAGCUUCAGCCUCAUACAUGAUCGACGACGUGCAGCUGGUACCAAUGGCUUUUGUCAACAUCUCCGAUCCAGGCGAACGAGCCUUUGACAAGUCUGACUGGACCUUCUUGUCCCAUGAGAUGACGAUCUUCAACGAGAGCACUGGAUCCAUGCACAAGAGUCGCGCGCAGUUUGUGGUGCACGUUCUUCGAGAUGCGUCUCCCUAUGUUCAAAGCACCAUAUUCCCAGAGAUAAUGAUUGUCGUUCUCUCGUACACGGUUUUUCUUUUUCCUGUGAACCCUGGCUUUGCUAUGCCUCGAGUAUCCUCUGCUGUGAUUGCAUUCUUGUCAAUCUUGACCAUCAGCACCAGAACUUCGGCUAUGCUUCCGGAAGUGCGACGAGGCCUUGUGUGGAUGGAACUCUUCGAAGUGGUUUGCAAGAUGCUGCUCUUUACAGUGAUUUUGCUCAACAUCCUCAUCGAGAUGGUAUUUCACACGUGGCAGCAGCCUGAGCUUGCCAAGCAGUUAGUUCAUGAGCUCCGGUUGGGGUUCCCCUUGAUUGCUGGCCUUUCGAUGGCUGUGUGCUGGCUGGCCACUGGAAAGCGCCUAGAGCUCUUUUGCAACUCGGUACGGUUCAGCCUGCUUCUGGUCACGAUCCUUUUCAUCAUGACCGUUUUGCGCCGGAGCAGGAUCUAUGCGCAAAUGCAGAAAUGAGUCCAAAGUAUGUUGAAGCGUUUCCAAUGGCAAGCCUCCCACUGGAAUGCAAUUGCGUUUCAGAGCCCUUUGCAGAAAAUAGCGCAG